AUGCCUUCACGUCGCAGUCUAUCGUUGGUCUCCCCGUGCCCUUAUCGGGUUUUGGGCGUGAAGUAUGAUGCAAACGAGGAAGACAUCAAGGCGGCCUUCCGUGUCAAGGCCAAGCAGUUUCAUCCGGACGCAACGAAGGACCCGACCAUCGACUUCAAGGAAAUCCUGCGCGCCUACGAGCGCUUGAGCGAUCCCGAGGAGCGCGCCAAGUAUGAUAAGAUGAUUUUGCCCCGCUCUACACGCGAAGCUCUUUUGCAUCUCAACGCCCGCUCUGUCCAGCGUCAUGGUAUCUCUGUUUAUCGGGCCACCUCCCGACCGUCAAGUGCCGAACGUCGGCAGCUCCUCACAACGCUUCUCGAUCUCAUGAGUCAAGUUAAGAAAUGCACCAAGCGCGUGGAACGGGAGGUGGUAGGCAAGGACCCCACCCGUUACGGCUGUACGUCCUCCGGCAGCAUCCAGCGCGUCAGUGUGUCCGAGGCUGACUGUGGCGAGCACGAGUGCUGCGGCCCGUGGUUCUUAUACACUGAUUAG